GACGCGGACAGACCAGUGAAAGACAAUGUUAGGUACUUUACGGACAUGCUUUCCUGAAGGCAGCACUACUGUAAUAACAGAGACGAAAUCACAGUAACUGAGUACAAAUUAGUGAUGAAAUAGAGUUAGGCUGUGUUCUCGCGGGAAGGCAGCGGACAUGGCUGCUGGUGUGUUGCUCUUCGUUGCAUGUUUGGCUUUCGGUGGAAACUUGGUCUCAGGGGAAAGGUCGUUCUCUAUAGACUACAAAAACAACUGUUUCCUGAAAGAUGGGAAGCCUUUUCAGUACAUCUCAGGCAGCAUCCACUACUCCAGAAUCCCUCGGUACUACUGGAAGGACCGGCUGAUGAAGAUGUACAUGACUGGACUCAAUGCCAUCCAAGUAUAUGUGCCCUGGAACUACCAUGAAGCCGUACAAGGGGUCCAAAACUUCACUGGGGACCGAGAUCUAGAGCAUUUUUUGGAUCUGGCAAAUCAGACAGGUCUCUUAGUCAUCCUGCGUCCAGGACCAUACAUCUGUGCAGAAUGGGAAAUGGGGGGGCUGCCAGCCUGGCUACUUCAGAAACCAAACAUCGUACUCCGCUCAGCUGACACAGAUUAUCUCCAGGCAGUCAGCAACUGGCUCGCUGUCCUUCUCCCCCAAAUAAAGCCUUGGCUGUACAUCAACGGGGGAAACAUCAUCACAGUGCAGGUCGAGAAUGAAUAUGGAAGUUACUACGCCUGUGAUUACAACUACAUGCGUCACCUUCGGACUCUGUUUCGCUUCUUUCUGGGUGAAGACACGGUCCUGUUCACCACUGACGGAAACACAGACAAGGAGAUGAUAUGUGGAACUCUGGAGGGAUUAUAUGCCACUAUAGACUUUGGCACAGAAAACAACAUAGCUGAAGCCUUUAAACGGCAAAGAAGGUUUGAGCCUCGAGGACCCCUGGUGAACUCAGAGUUUUACACCGGCUGGUUGGACCACUGGGGAGAUCAGCAUGCUGUGGUUAAUUCUCAGAAGGUCAGCAGAGUGCUAGGAGAAAUGCUAACCAUGGGGGCCAACGUCAACAUGUACAUGUUUGAAGGAGGCAGUAACUUUGGCUACUGGAAUGGUGCUGAUCAUGACACGAGGUUCCGCUCAGUAGUGACUAGCUAUGAUUAUGACGCCCCGCUGUCUGAGGCCGGAGACCCCACAGAGAAGCUUCUGGCCAUCAGAGAUGUCAUUAAGCAGUUUAGAGACAUCCCCUCUGGCCCCAUGCCACCAGCAACCCCUAAGUUUGCUUAUGGCUUUGUGACCCUAAAAAAGGUUGGAAACAUCAGCAGCCUGCUGAACACCCUCUCUCCACUCGGCCCAGUGAAAUCCCAGCAUCCUCUGACGUUUGAAGAAAUGAAACAGUUCUAUGGGUACAUGCUCUAUCGGACCAGGCUGCCCAGGGACCUCCCGCAGCCCACGCCACUUAUCUCUCCGCUGAAUGGGGUUCAUGACCGUGCAUAUGUGUCCAUCAAUGGGGUUUACCAGGGCCUGCUGGAGAGAGACACCGUGCUUGUGACAAACGUCACAGCACAGCAGGGGGACACUUUGGACAUCCUGGUAGAGAACAUGGGCAGGGUGAAUUUUGGAAGCAGGAUCAAUGACUUCAAGGGCCUCUUGAGCGACCUGUUUUUGGGUAAAGACUUACUGACUGACUGGCUGAUCUACCCUUUGGACAUCGAUGGAGCCAUUGCUUCUGGUUGGCCUCAUUCAGACAAUAAGAAGUCCUCCACUCCCCCGAAAGAUCCUUCAGUCGGACCCAUCUUCUACUCGGGGACCUUACAGCCUAAUGGACUUUCUUGGGACACCUUUCUGAAGCUUAACGGAUGGACAAAGGGUCAGGUUUGGAUUAAUGGUAUGAAUCUGGGACGGUACUGGCCUGCCAGGGGCCCUCAACAGACUCUUUAUGUUCCUGGACCUCUGCUCAGCACCACCCAGCCCAACAACAUCACAGUGCUAGAGCUGGAGGGGGCCCCCGCACACCUCCGGGUCCUUUUCAUGGACCGGCCUGAGCUAGACCUCCCACCUGGAAAGUCCUGACAUAGUUGGAAACUUUACUUGUAAAUAUAAUCAUUCUUUAAAAUCAGUUUGAACCCUCCAAACAAUAAACUACCAGACGGUUUUACUGAAGCAGAGCAGAAGUUUUCCUCUGAACGUUUUCCCUGACAGGAGGAAGUUGUUUGUUCCGCAUCAUUUCUAUCGCACAACUAUUGUUCAUCACUUCACAUAUCAGUGUUUCAUUAGUCUUCAUCAGUCACUAUACAACUUUCAGCAACUUUUAUCUUACACACAGAAGCUUCAGUCAAACAAUAAUCCAACAACGAUUUAGGAUUCAAAGUUGAAUACACAUGGACACCAGGAGGGGAAACAUUUGUAUUUACUUACAGUCAAUCAGAAUGUAUUGCUUGUUUUUAUUGCAGAUUUUGUUAAUACAUUAUUUUAUGAUUUUUCAACUCUGUGUUUUCUUUCCACUUGUCUGUGAUCGUCUGUCACAAUAAAAUGUGGUUUUCAAA